AAACUUUCCCUUCUCCUUUCCGAUUCCGCCUCUUCUCCGAAUACUCCUCCGCAACGCAACAACAAAAAAACGCUCCCGAACCCUAGUCUCGCACAUGACACCCAAUCCCCAAUCCCUUCUCCAAAUCGCGAAACCCUAGUUCCCCUCUCUUUUCUCGCUCUCUCGUCGAUCCAGGGCCCAAACUAGGGUUUCCGAUGGCGAAGCUCGCGGAGGACGACGACAAUGGCGGCGACUCGGGGUCGAGGUCGGUGUUCGAGACGGUGAGCGGGUCGCACCGGUACGCGGUGAAGGGGUUCUCCCUGGCGAAGGGGAUGGGGCCGGGGAGGUUCCUGUCGAGCGGGGCGUUCGCGGUGGGGGGCCACGAGUGGGCGGUGUACGUGUACCCGGACGGGAAGAGCCCCGAGGACGGGGCCGCGUACGUGUCCGCGUUCGUGGCGCUCGCGAGCGAGGGCACCGACGUGCGCGCCCUCUUCGAGCUCGCCCUCGUCGACCAGAGCGGCAAGGGCAAGCACAAGGUCCACAGCCACUUCGCCCGCGCCCUCGAUGCUGGUCCCUACACCCUCAAGUACCGCGGAAGCAUGUGGGGUUACAAGCGUUUUUACAGAAGAACAUCCCUAGAAACAUCGGAUUAUCUGAAGGAUGAUUGUAUAAUUUUGAACUGCACAGUCGGUGUUGUUAGGAACCGUGUGAAUUCACCGAAGCACUUAUCAAUUUCUGUACCAUCACCUGAUUUGGGGCACUGCCUCAUGGACCUGCUGAAAUCUGGUAUUGGAUCUGACAUAGUUUUUGAGGUUGGCGAUGAGAUGUUUAGAGCUCACAAGCUGGUUCUUGCUACUCGCUCACCAGUAUUUAAUGCUCAAUUCUUUGGUCCAAUUGGAAAUCGGCAUCUGAACAGGGUUGUUGUCGAAGAUGUGGAACCUCUCGUGUUCAAGGCCAUGCUUCACUUUAUAUACUCGGAUAAAUUUCCAAGUGUCCAUGAACUAACUGGACCAGAUUCAAUCUGCACUUCGACAAUAAUGGUGCAACAUAUAUUAGUGGCGGCCGAUAGAUAUGGAUUGGAGCGUCUGAGGCUGCUAUGUGAAGCAAAGCUAUGUGAGGAACUCACCACUGACACAGUGGUGACAACCUUGGCUCUAGCGGACCAACACCAGUGUGCUCAAUUGAAGUCUGCCUGUCUAAAAUUCAUGGCUGCUCGGGAAAAUUUGGGAGUUGUCAUGGAGACCGAAGCCUUCGACCACUUGAAGGAGACAUCCCCGUUGUUACUUUCCGACUUGUUGGCGACUGUUGCCAAUGCAGACAAUGAUCCUACAUCAAUUGGGCAGAAGAGGAGCAGUAGCAGCGUCGUAGGGCUCGACUUAAGGGACCCUGUUGAACUCUUCGGAAGGCGAAUAAGGCAGCGACUGUAACUUGCCACACCAAAAACCCAGGUCCUAAUCGGGGCGGAGAAAGAAAAGAAAAUGCCAAAAAAAAAAAAAGAAAAGAAAAAAGAAUAGCCUAGUUACUAACCAUGGCCUUCAAUGCACAUAUUUUAGUUUUUCAUAUUGAUGUUUCAGGAUUGUGAGGUAAAAAAUGGCAUUUUGUUUUGAGUAGAAUUGUGGUGAAAUUGUGAAUAAUUUGGUAUUCCUCUUUUCUCAAGUCACUAGCGAAUCUUAGCAAAAUUCAUGAGAGUAAAUUACAUCA